AUGCCUGGAGUCCAGGGCCGGUUCAGCAAGGACUUGGACGACCGGGAUCCAUCCGCAAUUGUGACGCUCGGUUCCAAGUUGCAGGGCGAGCUCGAUGGCGAUUGGCUCAAGGUGGCGCUUCCGGAGCCAGCAACGGCUGCUGGGGUUCCCGCUGGGGUUCCCGCGAACAGCCACGUGGUGCACGAGAAGUAUGUUGGCCCCAAUACAAAAAUGUUUGGCCUCGGCGGCUGCCUCUUGUGCGGUUGUCUGGCCCUUCUCAUCUUUGCCUGCCCCGUUGACGAGCGGGAUGUGUACGUGGCGCCGAAUGGGGCCAAGUACACCCUGAGCGGCGCCCGGAUCCAGUAG